CUUAGCUCUGUAUGCAGAACAUUCCCACCCUCUGAGUCCUGCAGAUCGGCCCUCCGCUCUUCCCUAGAAGCCCCCUCCCCGCCACGCAGGGCUAUAAGUGGCAUUUAAAGGCUUUAACAUUCAGCUCCAAAUGUUUUCCAUAUUAGUUCAGCCUUGUGAUUCCCAAAUACCAGAAUACCCACUCAGCUCCAGCUAGCAGGCAGCCUGCAGGAGAAUCACACACAGCAUCCAAAUGGGAAUGGAAGAUAAACCAGGGCAGCUCCCAGUCCCCAGCCCCCAGAAUCAGGGAGCCAAAGGGCCCGGAGAUGGGCAGGGGACCCAGGACGGCAGCAAGAAGAAGGGGGGCAAGAAAGAAGCCAAAUCAGGCCAGCAGGAUGAUACCCACAAGUGCUGUGGCUGCCGCUUCCCCCUUCUGGUGGCCCUCCUCCAGCUGAUCCUUGGUGUCUGUAUUACGGUUCUGGCCUUCCUUAUGGCAGCAAGUUGCUCCUCACUUCUAGUCAGAGACACCCCACACUGGGCUGGGAUUAUAGUCAGUGCAGUUGCCAUUCUGGGCUUCUUCAUGCUCUGCUUGAGAUACCAGCCUGAUGAGAAGACAUCUUGUCAGUUUGCCUUAAAGUUGGCAUAUUUCCUGCUCAGUGCCCUCAGUCUGAUCGUCUGCGUCCUGGCAGUGGCUUUUGCUUCAUACCAUUACUCAAAUAUCACAAAAUUCGCCUGUGAGCUGAUAGAGAGGACCUGUCAGUGUACCCUGGACUCAUCUGACCCUCUCAGCAGGACCUUCCUAUACCAGGAUGUGACAGACUGCAGCACUGUAACCAGCACACUCAAACUGUAUGUGCUCCUCCAGAUGACACUUAACCUGCUGCUUGCUCUGGUGUGCCUGGCAGCCUGCUUCGUCAUGUGGAAAGAUAGAUACCAGGUGUUUUAUGCGGGUAUGUGGCUCCAAGGAUCCGCUACAACUGAAACCCAGCAACAUAAAGUAUAGUGCUUUAUAAACAGCGCCCCCUGGGUCCUACAGCCGCAAUACCACUGAGACACUGGCAGAUAUAGCACUUCAUGCCACUUUUGUCACUGGCAUAUAAUAUGUUUGGCAAUACACUAGCAACCAACCUACUCAGAGCAAAGUCUAUGCAGCCAUAUAUUUACAAUGAGUCAAGCUAAUUUCUAAACAUAUCCCAUAAAGCAAUGUACAUUGUAUGUAUGUUAUUGUUAUCAAAUAGUAUGUUAAUCUGUAUCAGUGUUUUCAUUUAGUUUCUCAAGUAACAUAACAAAUACAGAUAUUUCAGCCAUAUGAGUAUCGCUUUCUAAAAGUGCAAACUGCAAAUACUUUAUUGUGGUUCCAGACCUGUUACAGAUGCGCAUGUGCAGUGCUGAGUGAGUAACAGUCACUAAGGUGUCAAGGGAGAGACCCACAUGUAUCAGAUUGUGAGUGAAAGAGCAGACCUUGGGCUGGUACAAUGUCACUGUCAUGGGCUGCUUCACUACUGAUGUUUCCAGACCUCCCUAAAUUACAAAAUGUUGAAAGAGAAGUUUGCAUGUACUACAUUGUUAAAUGACAUGUUUUCAUUUUAAAAUGUAUUCGUUUUUUCCAAAACAUGUAUUUCUGUACUGAUCAUUUUUUUGUAUUUAUACUUGUGAGGUGUGUCACUGUUGAGAAAUAAACUAGUUGGAGUUUUGCUUACCAGUCAGUGAGCAAUCAGUCCUCAAAGGUCAGUACUGCACAAACACAUCAUCUUAGUUUCAAAAUCAAAAUAAAGUUUUUACUGUAAUCUUA